AUGCCGCCCGGGCAGUCGGAUCAGAUCAAACCACCUCUACCUCCUCUGCUUCCGACCGGCGACCCCUACCUCCUUCUGGAACCUCCUAGAAGCAGCCGCAGCAAUGCCGCUCCACCACCCCAAGCACCGCCACCACGACGACGACCUCCUCCCCUACCGCCGCUCCGACGACGAGGCCAAGCCGCGCCGCCCCUACACCCCCACUUUCCCCUCCAGCUCCUCCUCCCCCGGCUCCGCCAGCCGCCUCCUCGUCCUCUUCGCCGCGAUCUGCCUCGUCCUCGCCGCCGUCUCCUUCGCCUUCGCCGUCUCCGCCAGCCGCGCCCGCCCGCCCCCGCCGCAGCCGCCUCCCGCGGCCGCCUUCCGCUGCGGCCGCGCCGAGGACUCGCUCCGGUCCUUCCUGGCGUCCUCCUCGCCUGGCCGCAACUACUCCGCCGCCGGCAGGGAGAAGGUGCUCGCCGUCGUGGGCGUCUACACGGAGCACGGAUCCGCCGCGCGCCGCGCCGCGCUGCGGGCCACCUGGUUCCCGCCCAACCCCGAAGGCAUCGUAAGCUUGGAACAUGGAACUGGGUUAACUUUUAGGUUUGUGGCUGUGCGGCCCAAAGACAAACAAAAAAUGGAAGAUCUUCAGAAAGAGGCUGGCAUGCAUCAUGACUUCUUGUUUAUUGAUGCUGAUGAGGAUACAAAGUCGCCACAGAAGAUGUUAGCAUUUUUCAAAGCAGUUUAUCAUAUGUUUGAUGCAGAAUUCUAUGUCAAAGCUGAUGAUGAUAUCUAUUUGCGCCCAGAUAGACUUGCUGCUCUUCUUGCGAAAGAAAGACCUGAGCACCGGACUUACGUUGGUUGCAUGAAGAAAGGACCAGUUGUCAAUGAUCCAAAUAUGAAAUGGUACGAGAGUUCAUGGGAGUUGUUAGGCAAUGAGUACUUUGUGCACGCAUCUGGUUCACUAUAUGCUCUUUCUUCUGAGGUGGUUGAAGCUGUAGCUACUGCAAAGAGUGAAAGCUUAAGGAUGUUUGAUUAUGAAGACGUUACCGUUGGUGCAUGGAUGCUUGCCAUGAAUGUAAAGCAUGAAGACAACCGUGCAAUGUGUGAUCCAACAUGCACUCCCACCUCCAUUGCUGUGUGGGAUAAGAAAUGUUCAGGUUCCUGUAACAUCACCAACAAAAUAAAGCAGCUUCACAACACCACUUUGUGCUCAAAAAGCCCAACAUUGCCGCCUGAGGUCGAGGAGGAAGAGUAGAAUUGUAUGGAUUUCUGGCCCUUAAAACCUCAAAGGGGCUGUUUAUCUGUGGUGCUGAAGGCUUGCCAAUCAGAACAAUCAGAUUUCUGCUGUUCCGAUUCCAACAGCGAUCUUCCUGCACCUUGCCACCGGAGAGCUCCUGAAGAAAGCAUACAUAUAGCAUCACACAACACCGAUAGUAUUUUGAGUGUAUACCCCCUGAUUGAGCAGUGCAAACAACAAAAUGAUGGAUGUAGGUUCAGUUAUGUACUUUUCAGCUUCCACCAAUUGUUGGGGGGCAUUCCUCCCGUCCUGUUGCAGCGAGGGAGCGGACUGCAGGCUGACAUCAAUUUCGUGCUCGUUGAUGUAUAUAUGGGCACACAUGCCUCUGUGAUUCCCA